UGACCGUCCUUCCACCAGUGGUUACCGGUUAGCCUUCUUGAAGCUGUUGUCUGCGCCCCUCCCCUUUGACGAUGAUGAUGAUGCGUACCACUUUGGGACGUUACGAGGCCGUGCGUUGGUAUAUCGAAACUGAAUUACCCUUACGUUUAGAUUUAAUCUUUGAGGAUUUAUGUUUGAGACUCACCGCCCGUGCAUGACGAAGAGAGUUCGGUGGUUCUCGGAAGGUCCGGAAUGAUCCACGACUACGCACGGGAGGAGCAGCACCGAGACGGGAGUAAUCCAUGUGGAGGAGUCCAAAGAGGAAGAUGAAGAGCGCAAUGGCUUUGACGAAAACAGCUUUAUUCGUGUGUCUGCACUAUGUGUUCCAGCACGCCGCCUGCCGCGAGGUAACCCUUCCCAAGGGACCCUUGUACCGUGUGGCCGGCUUCAACCUCUCCCUGCCCUGCUCCGUCUCCGGCUAUGAAGGCCCGUCCAUGCAAGACUUCGAGUGGUCCCUGUUCAGGGACGACUCUGGUGGAAGGAAGAUAGGAGUGGUGGCCACCAAUGACAACAGCUUCCCCUACGCCCAAUUCCAAUCCCGCGUGACAAGUGGGGAGGUGAGGGUGGACCGGGACUCGGGGGACAAAGUGCGGCUGGUGGUCCAGAAACUGCGCACGGAAGACCAGGGGGAAUAUGAGUGUUACACGCCCAGCACGGACAGCAAAUACCUGGGUAGCUACGCUGGAUCUUCUGUGGUUAAAGUAAUCCGUGACACACUCCAGAUCAGCUACUCCCGCUCCCUCACAAACCAGCCCAUACCGGAGGGCGCAGAAUUGACUCUGACGUGCUCGGCCAGCAUCGGCUCAGAGCAGCUCACCCACCUGUCCGUCACCUUUGGGAAGCGAGGUGGCCAAGCGGGCUCGGGCGGCGACAGCGUGGAGAUCAUCUCCAUUGACAAGAUGUUGGCCGUGGUGCCGGGACGCGCCCACAGGAAGCGCUACGACGACGGAGAUAUCACGCUGGAGAAGCGCAACGGGGAUGGCGGCCAGGGCGUCUACGUGAUGAAGAUGAGAGCGCUGCAGCCCAACGACACCGGGUCUUACUACUGUGAGGCCGCACAGUGGAUCCGGGACCCGGAUCGCACCUGGCAGAAGAUUGCACACAGGACGCUGGACAUUGGCAGCCUGACUGUCAAACGACUCUCUGAGUCUCUGAGCGUGGAGUCGUCGCCCAGAGGUGAGGUGACCCUGCAGGUGGGUUCACCUGUGCUCCUGAGCUGCCAGCUCAACGGGAUGCCCUUGGACGUGGACUCAGGCCUGCUGGUUCAGUGGAUGAAGAGGGGCUCGGCAGGGGGUGCGGAGGAGGAAGUAGCCCGGAUGAGCCCAGACGGAGUCGUGAGCUGGGGCGACGACCUCAGCCGAGCCAGCGGAGGCUCCAUGGAGAAAGCGGCGCAGGGGAAAUACUCCCUCAAGUUGUUCUCCGCCCGUCCCUCCGACUCGGGUGUGUAUUGCUGUGUGGUGAGCGUGUACGCCGGGAGGAGGAGUCCUGCUCCUUCUACUGCUGCCACGCUCACCCGGAGGUCUGAGGAGGUCAUGGUCAAUCUGAAGAGCAAAGAUGUUCUGGUCUCCACCGUGGCUCAGCUCCCCCGAGGCCCGCUGCUCAGGCGAGGAAGCACCAUCACCCUCAUCUGCAACGUCACCGUGACGACCACAGGCCCCGCCCAGGCUCAGGUGCAGUGGCGGCGAUGGCCCCUCCCUGAACUGCUGAACAUCAGGAAGGAUGACGCCGGCCCGACAGAAGCCCCCGUGGAGGUGACCCCCAAGGUGGUAGCCGCCCUCAUGUACGAUGGCGUGGUCAGGGUCUACAAUGGCAGCAGCGAGGUCAGCGUGGACCGUCUGUCUGCUGUCAGCUACCGCCUGAGGGUCCACGCAGCCUCCGACGAGGACCAGGGCAUGUACGCCUGCCAUGCCGAGGCCUGGAGCCAGGACCCCCACGGAGGGUGGUACAACACCGGUGUCAGGGCCGAGUCCAACGCUGUCACCGUCUACUUGUACGCUCGAGCUGCCGACCUCCUCCUCAUCCCUCUGGUGGUGGGCGUGUCCUCCGCCUUGUUCGUGGGCAUCGUCAUCAUCGCCACGGUGACCUGCUGCUUCAUGAAGCGUCUGGCGAGGCAGCGCCCUCGCAAGUAGAGCGCCACGUUUGCGGAGGGCAAGACUUGAACGUGCAGGCCAAGUUUUAACCGGCUGAACCUCGCACCCGCCGGCCGACGCCAAACCCUUUUUUCUAUGUGUUUUAUUUUUGUACUCACAAGGAGAGACAACAGUUGCUAUUGAUCCAAAUCGUCUUUCCAAACCACAUGACUCGCACAUGACGGCUGAGUGGAGGCCGCUGUAAACUUGAUAGAGAGAGUACCCAGUGGAACACUAACACUGAGUACCACGUACUGACUGCUGUGGUACUUUUGAAGAAGUAGGUAUGAAAUGCACUGAGCUGAAGUGUGUAAAUAUUACGAUUGUCCUGCAAAUGUCUUGUCUUGAUCUUGGAGCCAAAACCACUUUUUUCCUCAAAAUACUGCCCGUCUUUUCACUCAACUGCAGAGAGUAGCAGAUGUUUAUUUGCGAGGAGGUUAGACCCUCUACUGUCUUCUUCACAUUAGCAGUUUGUUUCCUUUCAUUUUUGGUUCCUGCAAAUGAUGCCGUGCAGGGGGCGGAGCUAAAUUAGUGUUAUUGAAGUUGUCUGACUGUCACAUUAUGACAGACACACCAGCCAACAUCAUUAAUGUCUGUUCAAUUUUCCAUUUCUGGCGGGAUAUGAAGUAUCUGAAUGCGUACUGUUUGUGGUACGGUCCAGUAAUUACGUGAUUUGCUUCUUUACACAACAGUUCUGUUUGUUUUUUCCUGAAGCCACUUUUUUGAGGAAAUAUGCUAGAUUCCUUUUGUUUACUUUACAUUUUCUUUGAUGGUGUGUGUUUUUUUGUUUUUUUUUUACGAGUCUCCUUUACUGCCAUCAAGUUACUGAGAACAACAGUGCUGUGUCAGAUUCCCUGUUGAAAUGUCACUUUUAUGUCCUUCCUGUCCUAAAUCCUGAUUAUAAAUGUUGCUCACGAACAUUGGGGACUAAAAAAAAAAAAGCUCUGUUUUGCAUGGUGAGCCACUUUGCCAAAGCUGCGUCCAAUCCCCCACAUGUACGUGCACGCACAGUGCUGGCUGCCUCCCAUACAGCUGCAAAUGUGUGCGCCUUCAUCGCUAAUCCCACUUUAUCACCCCCCCCCCACACACACACACACACACACACACACACACACAUAGCACAUGUCGAUGUGUGCAUGCAUCAAACCCUUUACCUUGAAAGUGUCUUAUGUUCUCUUUGCAUCAUCAUUGUGUUUCACCACUGUCCCUGAACGCAUCUUUAAAAAGACUGCUGGUGCUCUUGACAAACGUGCCACUUGUUAAACCAUUGGAAUAAACCACUCUGGAUUGAUGAUGUUUUUCCUUUUAUGAGCAGCUUCUUUCCCAUUUCAGAUACAGCUGAGGUGUUGUGGGAUGCUGUGGAAAAGCCUGUUGUGCAUUUGUCCAAACAUUCCUGGUGCUUACUGAGGUUUUUCUGGGUUAAAACCAGCCUAGCGGAGGUUUUGUGUGGGAUGAUGCUGCUUUGGGAGCGCUCGUUUAGACACAAACGUCUUGCAAGCUAAACAAAGUCAAAGAUGAAUCGUUGGACUCUCAGGAGGAUUUACCGUGGAUGCAUCCGUUUUGCUUUAUGUAGGUCGUACUAAUACAUGUCAAUCAUUUUUUACUUUUCUUAACUAAUGAGAGCCAUUCCUUGCUUUUCUUUAUUGCUGGGCUGAGUUAAAUAUUUAUAUAGUAAUUAUGUUUUUUUUUUAAAUAUUUAUUUCUCAU